GAAAUGUUUGAAAUAAUGAGUGUUUCCAUAAUGGACAAAUCCAGCAGAGGAUAAGUAGGAUUGAACAACCAAACCAACCUCUUCAGUCAUCAGUUUCACUAAACACAAGAACAAUGGUCCCAAAGCCCAUCAUAGUGACAAGCCAACCAACCUCUUCCACCUCUCCCCCACUCCCUCUCCUCAAUGCAACAACCGUUAGAACCGAAGAAAAACCCCAAACCCAAAGUCAAAGCAUAAGAAGCACUCCUCCACCCGCACCCGCUCCGACCAUCAAAACGACACGCGUUGAGGCAAAAAGAAAAAGCGAGCCAUGGGUGCCGGCGCUGAUGCUAAACGCAUUCGACGACAUAAUCAACAACUUCAUAGACCCUCCCCUCAAACCCUCCGUCGAUCCAAGACGCGUCCUAACGCAGAACUUCGCCCCCGUCCACGAACUCCCUCCGACGCCGUGCGAGGUCGUCCAAGGCUCCCUCCCGCCGUGCCUCGACGGCGCCUACAUCAGAAACGGCCCCAACCCCCAAUUCCUCCCCCGCGGACCCUACCACCUCUUCGACGGCGACGGCAUGCUCCACGCCCUUCGCAUUUCCCAAGGCAAACCCACUCUCUGCAGCCGCUACGUCAAAACCUAUAAGUACAAAGUCGAAAACGACGCCGGAUUUCCUCUCUUCCCCAAUGUUUUCUCCGGCUUCAACUCCCUCGCUGCCUCCGCCGCGCGCGGCUCUCUCACGGCGGCGCGAGUCCUCGCCGGACAGUACAACCCAGCCAACGGCAUUGGCUUGGCCAACACCAGCCUGGCCUUCUUCGCCAACCGUCUCUUCGCGCUGGGAGAGUCCGAUCUCCCUUACGCCGUUAACAUAACCGCUAACGGCGACGUUGAAACAGUUGGCCGUUACGACUUCGAGGGGAAAUUGGCGUUUAGCAUGACGGCGCACCCUAAGAUAGACCCCGACACAGGGGAAUGCUUCGCCUUCCGUUACGGCCCCGUGCCACCGUUUCUCACCUACUUCCGCUUCGACCCUAACGGAAGAAAACACCCCGACGUCCCUAUUUUCUCCGUUCUUUCACCUUCGUUCCUCCACGACUUCGCCAUCACCAAGAACUACGCCAUUUUCUGCGACAUCCAGCUCGGAAUGAACCCUAUUGACAUGCUUCUUUACGGUGGCUCCCCCUUGGGAUCCGUGCCUUCCAAGGUCCCCAGGAUCGGAAUCCUUCCUCGUGAUGCUAAGGAUGAAUCAAUGAUAAAGUGGUUGGAGGUGCCGGGGUUUAACAUCAUGCACGCGAUCAACGCGUGGGACGAGGACGAUGGAAGAACGGUGGUUCUGGUGGCGCCGAAUAUUCUUUCGCUGGAACACGCCAUGGAGAGAAUGGAGCUGGUUCACGCGGUGGUGGAGAAGGUGCGGAUCAAUCUGGAGACGGGGAUCGUGACGCGGCAACCUCUGUCGGCGAGGAACCUGGACUUCGCGGUGAUAAACCCCGCCUACGUGGGAAAGAAGAACCGGUUCGUUUACGCGGCGGUGGGGGACCCAAUGCCCAAGAUUUCGGGGGUGGUGAAGCUGGACGUGUCGUCCAAGGGGGAGGAUUCUGUGGUCGGCUGCAGGAUGUACGGCGACGGUUGCUACGGCGGAGAGCCCUUCUUUGUGGCCAGGGAGGAAGCGGUGGAGGAGGACGACGGAUACUUGGUCAGCUACGUCCACGAUGAGAGGAGCGGAGAGUCCAAGUUUGUUGUGAUGGAUGCCAAGUCGCCGGAGCUGGAGGUGGUGGCGGCGGUGAGGCUUCCGCGGCGGGUUCCUUACGGUUUUCAUGGGCUGUUUGUGAAGGAAAGUGAGCUGAGGAAGGUGUCACUGUCGUUGUCGUGAUUCUUGUUCAUGUGUGGGGCUUGUCUACCAUGCUAUCCAUUAUUGCUAUAUACAGUAAUAGAAUACACGUGUAAUGUACAACUCUAUUAUUAGUAUGUUUAUUGUCAUAUACGUCCAUGCAACUAUACAAAUCAACAAGUACAGAAUAAUAAGUAUACAACUUGAUCAUCA